AUGAACCGUGCCUUAUCCUCGUGCUUCUCCGCCAGCCUCCAGGUCUGCCCGCUAACAGCCAUAUUUUUUCGACGAACGAAUGCGCAACAACAACAGCCCACUCCAGAUGAUUCCUAUGAACCGGUCAAGAAGCCGACGAUUGUCAUUAAUUCGCUAGACUCUUCCCACUAUCUACCGGGCCCUUAUUUUGAGGAGAACAAGGAGAAUGCAAGACGUUUAUCUAAUGGAAGUAACCGCUCCCCAGGAGAUCAUUACGCAGCCCGGGUUAAUUUUACGACGCAGUAUAUUACGGCUAAAAAGACGCUAAUAAUAAAAAUUCGCGACUGUUCGGAGAACGAUAUUGAAUGUUUCGAUUCGGACAGUUUGAGUCAGAUUCGUGUCCUAGUCCCCUGUGCAAAAGGGCCAAAACAACAAACCGCUUAUGCUGGCGGAUUUCACCCAACGUUUGAUGAAUGUCUACUUUUUACAAAUAUUGAAGAAAAUGACAUGCUAGCGGGAAAACUCCGGUUUCGGCUGUACGUAAAACGUGGGAAAAACCGGCCCGAACUGCUGGGGGAAGCCGAGUUGAAGGGGAAGUUGGUCAACUUCGACAGUCCGCCCCAGAUGCACGGGUUGAAGUUGGGCGGGCCGCCGAAGAUGGAGGACGAGGAGUGCGGAGGAAGCUUUACCCAAUCACAAGAUACCGACAAGUUCAAGGAGUUCAGAUGG